AUGUGCAUCUACAUCAUAACCCAUCAUGCUUGUCCACACACCUCUCUAUUACUACAGGAACGAUGUCCGGGGUCACUGAACAGAAGAAUGAGUUCUGGAGGUGGGAGAUACGAGAAUCCACCUUGCAGGUUCGACAGGGAACGAUUCGAAAGGUGGAAGAGGGAAGCAGAGGGUCAGGAAAACCAAGAAAAUCUAAUGAUAAGGGAAAGGAGGGACGAAGGGAAGUGGAAAAAGAACGCAGGAGGAAUAAAGUUGGAGAGUGAGUUCAGAGAGAGGUGGGUGGAUGGAUUUUGUGUUAAGUGUAAGGCAGAGAAAGAGGGCAGUCGGCUGCUAGCAAGAAAAUCUUCAUUCGCGGAAAUAGUAAAGAAUCUCCUGAGUAUCGAUCGAGAAUUGCAAGCGCAGAGAUUAAGUGUGCACACGGCAAGUGGAAAGGGGAAAUCAACAAUUCCUCCUGUUCCACCGGUCCCUUUUAUUGAAAAAAGGAGGGGAAUGCGGUGAUUCUGCUUUGGUGCGAUCAAGGCUUUGAAUGGAGAAAACAGCUAUCAUUGUUUCGUUCUGUCUCGUAUUCCAGAUGUUCUGAAUACUGGACUGGAUAUCGUUGUUACCCAGAUAGAGGACAAAGAGCCAAGUGUACUACAUGUAAAAGUGGAACGAAGUUGAUGAUUCAAAGAUAAUGACUUGCAUAGGGAGGGGUUCAUGAUAUAGACUGGAUGGUGAAAGAUACCUUGGUAUCGGAGUUAUUUGGCUUGGGAAAUGAAAAGUAAUUGAACACUUGGAUGAUUCCCAUCAUAAGCAAAAGUAUUGCAUUCAAGCUUGUUCUCUGUUGUAUCUGUGCCAAAUAUCUGAACAUAGGGUUUGUUGUCGUACCAUUACCUUGACAUCUACUACAAAAGGGCGAAAUGGGGAUUUCCAUUCAUAGGGUCAGCAUUUAC